UCAAGAUCAUGCACUCAUUAGGGAUUGACCACUCCGAUCUCAAGCCAGCGAAUAUUCUGCUCUCUCCCAGCGGUUCUGCCAGGAUCAUCGACAUUGGGAUAGUGACCUCGGAUGAUCUUUGCUAUGAAACUUGGCCUAGACCCGAACUGCUCUCUAACCUCCCCUCUUUCAUACGAUACCGGUCCUUCACUCCUGCGACCGACAGCUGGCAACUUGCGUCAAUCCUUUGCAUGCUGCACCUCGUAAACAAAGAUCCAGAUAUCAUUUACGAAGAUCAGAGCAGCAGUGGUCUCCUUGGUUUUAAGAUGGACAAUGGCAAGUAUCGCUCGCAUUUCGCGACGCUUCGAAAGGCCGCAGACGAAUUAGAGGUCGAUUUCAUAAAGCGGUUGCAUGCAAUCAACGUUCGACAACGACUUACCAUGGAGAAGGCCUUGCAGCAUGCAUACCUCAGCGGAGCAACAUCUCCGCCUACGCGGAGGAACAAGGCUGCGCUAUCGUCAGGAUUGCGAUUCAGUGGUCAUCACUAGUCACAGGGACGCUGGAUUUCCUCGCUUGUAUCUCUCAAUUGAUGGACACUGUCAGUGCAUCGCUUCUGUUCAUAUGGAUAUGUAUAAUACAUGUAGAUUAUUUCGUGCUAGAGGGUCGACUCUUAAGGCAAGGAAGGUUAUUGAGG